CAUCAGACGUUACGUAGGCCACACAACACGGAAGUAAGGGAUUACCGUCUUCUGCCGCUGCGUAUAGUUCAAGGAGCUCGGCGUCCCUUUCAAAUAAGGUUUCCCAUGUGAACCUUUGGGGCUGAGAGGAGAAGGUUUGGCAGUUCCUCCGCGAUGAUGGACAGUUAGUUCAUCCUAUCAGCACUCCAAUGGAAGCCUCAGUCUCAGCUGCCCCUCCUCCCAACUCCUCCGUCCCGCCUGUCCCAGUCCCCAUCCCCCUGCGCCCAGCCGUCGCCCCAUCGGUCCAGCUUGGCUUCACCAUCCUCUACACCGCUCUGUACUCUGGACUGUUCCUGGUGGUGUACAUACAGCUCUGGCUUCUCUACCUCUACAGACACAAAAGAUGGAGUUACCAAAGCGUCUUUCUGUUCCUCUGCCUGCUUUGGGCAGCCCUCCGCACCACUCUGUUCUCCUUUUACUUCUGUAAUGCUCUGGAAGCCAACCACCUACCUGUGGCAGUGUACUGGCUGCUGUACUGCUUCCCUGUUUGUCUGCAGUUCUUCACUCUCAGCCUUAUCAACCUGUAUUUUACUCAGGUGUUGCUCAAAGUAAGAGAGACGUACAGCUCAGAUGUGGAAAGAGGAGUGUUGCUGGCACGGUGCAUGUAUGGUGCACUGAGCACUCUCUUUCUCUCUGUCAACAUGGUCUGUGCGGCUCUUGGGGACAGAGGUGCCAGCGGUGGGUCAGGGGACCAUACCUGGACUCUGGUCCUGGUUCGAGUUCUGGUCAAUGACUUGCUCUUCAUCCUGGAUGCAGUGUUACUGGCUGCCUUGUUGUUGCUCCUGACCAAACAUUCCCGCUCCACCAGCCCCUACCUGAUCAGCAAGGGGACCACAGUGUGCAGGACAGCAACACUGGGAGCAGCAGUGAUCUUGUUGUUUGCAAGUCGAGCCUGCUACAACCUGACGGUGCUCUUCCUGUCUCAGAGCCACAGAGUGGAGUCAUUCAACUUUGACUGGUACAACGUCUCUGACCAGGCUGAUUUGCGUGAUGAACUGGGUGACAGAGGAUACAUGGCCUUUGGCGCAAUCCUCUUCAUAUGGGAGCUGCUCCCAACCAGUCUGCUCAUCCUCAUCUUCAGAGUUCGCCGGCCUGCUCAAGAGACCAGCAGCAUGGGCGUUAACAACAGGGUCCUACCUCGUCCAUAUUUCUUUGACGAUCCUCAAGGCAGUGACGAGGAUGUGCCUGUUCCAUGGGCACGGAGUUCACACCCACACUCCAGCUGGUAUGGAUCAGAGACCGCUCCUCUCCUGUUUGCCAGUAAUCCUCCAGACCAGAGUCACCAGCACCACUCAUUCUACUCCACCCCCCAGAACUGACCCUGACGUCUUCCCACUGAUCAGGGUCGUCGUGUCCUCGGUGACAUUCAUCUCAAGGACAGACCGCACACACCUACCAGCCAGUAGUAAACUCCCUCUCUGAACAGUCUUUUUGCACUGAAAAUCUCAGGAAUUCAUCAACAAACGGUGAAUAUGCACCUUAUAAUUUUGUAACAGAAAAUAUAUUGAACAUUUUUCUUGGCUCAAAGGGAACAAACUUGGUGGGAGAAGCCUGAACGGCCAAACAUUGUGCUCAGGGAUCUCCUUAUAAAGGUUAAGGUGAGGUUUAGUCACAAUGUGUUAUAGCCCUUACAAUUCCUAAACAAAUGCACAUUUAGCUUCGUUAGCAUUCCUUAUUAAAUUUGUGCACAUAAUGUAGUUCAUAAGCUCCUUUGGUAACAACCACUGACCUAGUUUGUGAAGAAUUAAUUUUUUCUCUUACACUGUUCCAAGUGUACAGCAAACUGACUAAAAUACAAAUUAUCAGCUGUCUCUUUUGGCAUUUGGUGUUCUGUUUCUUUAAGAGCAGUACUGUCUUUUUACACGUUUAAUACGUAAUUCCACAUCUCUUUUAAUCUGAGAUUUAUACAUCACUGCAGGUAUUUUUACAUCGCUGAAUUGUACUUUUGGAUGCUCCCUUUAGGGCCAGUGUCUGCUGUUUUAGUUUGUAUGUCACUUUUGCUAAGACUUUCAUAAUUAUUCAUUUUAAAAGUUGGUUUUGAUUCUUGUUCCCUUCCUGUAUAACUGUAUUUUGAUGGAAGUUUAACUUAUUUUAUAACUAAUGUUCUGCCUUUAAUCGUUGUUGGGAAAAAAAAAAAAAUCAAAUGUCAUCCUCCUUUAUGUCUUUACUUGAAUGAGACUUCCUCAUAGCGAGUCACUCACAUGUGACUUUACCAUGUGAUUGAUGUUUACUGUGUAAAAAUCAAACCAAUAAAAAAAAUUAAAUGAG